UUAACCAAACCGUCCUAAAGUGUGAACGACCUUAAGAUAAUUCUUCCCAGAGGUUAUCAAAUUCAAUUGUUGUUGUUUUUGGCAGAUAACAUUUGGAAGUUGUAAUUGCAGAAGCUGCCGAAACCAAUUGUUUGUCCAUUUUAAGCUGAAGAGCCGUUCAAAAAACUUCGAAACUUCUGAGUUACAAAUGGCAGCACAACAUAUAAAAAUUGGCAUAAUUGGAGGUUCUGGCCUUGAAGAUCCCGAUAUAUUGGAAAAUCGCAAAGAAACCACUGUCACUACACCUUAUGGUGAUCCCUCCGAUGUUCUGAUUGAGGGCGAAAUUGAAGGCGUUAAGUGUGCCUUGUUGGCACGUCAUGGUAGGGCGCAUAAUAUAAUGCCCUCUAAUGUUAAUUAUAGGGCAAAUAUUUGGGCUUUGAAGGAAGCUGGCUGCACGCAUCUGCUUGUAUCGACAGCUUGUGGCUCUUUGCGUGAGUGCAUCAAACCGGGAAAUCUUGUUAUACCCAAUGACUUCAUUGAUCGCACUACCAAAAGGAAUCAGACAUUUCACGAUGGCGCAGCCCACAGUCCGCAAGGUGUUUGUCAUCUGCCAAUGUUUCCUGCAUUCAAUGAACGUUGCAGAAAUAUUUUGCUGCAGACAGUUAAGGAAUUGGGCUUGGAAGUACACGACAAGGCUUGUAUGAUAACCAUCGAGGGUCCCAGAUUCUCUUCGCGUGCUGAAAGUAAAAUGUUCCAACAAUGGGGUGGUGAUCUUAUUAACAUGACUACUUGUCCUGAGGUGGUGUUGGCAAAAGAGGCUGGCCUAUUGUAUGCCGCUGUGGCAAUUGCCACAGACUAUGAUUGUUGGCGUGAGGAUUGCGAAAGUGUCAAUGUCCAAGAUGUGUUGAAAACUUUUGCAGAGAAUGUUAAAAAGGUGAAGCAAAUUUUGUUGAAGGCAGUUGUAAAUAUAGCCAAAGAAGAUUGGUCGGAGGCUAUUGCAGAGGCAAAGCAAUGUGUUGCCGACAAUACCAUGGGAGGAGCAAAAGCAUGAAAUGCCUAUUUUGCAGUUCUCACCUAUGUUAUUGAGAUCUUAAACAUAAUGAUAUAAAAAUAAAGUGCAUUUAUAUUUUUAAUAAAUAUGCAAUUUCUAAAAAUUAAA